UGAUGAUGAACACCUGUUGAUUCAGCACUACUGUCAGAGUCUGAACCAGGGCUCUCCCCUCAGCCAGCCACGCAGCCCCGCCCAGAUCCUCAUCUCCAUGGAGAGUGAGGAGAAGGGGGAGCUGGAGCGGGUGCUCAAUGACCUGGAGUCAGACAACAGGAAGCUACAGGCUGAGUAUGACAAGUUGAAGAAGGCCCACGACCACAAGGGUCUGUCCCCGCUCCCCUCACCCCCGGAGAUGCUGCCCGCUUCGCCCCAGAGCCCCCGGGACGCCGAGCUGAUCGCCGAGGCCAAACUGCUGAGGCAGCACAAAGGACGGCUGGAGGCUCGCAUGCAGAUCCUGGAGGACCAUAACAAACAACUGGAGUCACAGCUAUACCGACUCAGACAGCUACUGGAACAGACUGACUCCAAGGUGAACGGUACAGCCCUGUCCUCUCCCUCCACCUCGUCCCAGCGCUCUGACACCAGUCUGCCUCUGAUGCGUGUAGCAGGCAGCCAGACUACAGAGACUAUGGGUGACGAUGAGCUGUCGAGUCCGUCCCAAGAUGCAUUGGGGCUAGAGGAGGUGAUGGAGCAGCUAAACAACUCCUUCCCACACAGCCAAGGACUGAGUGUAGGCAGUCUGUUCCACAUGGCAGAUGACCUGGGUCGAGCCAUGGAGUCAUUGGUCAACGUGAUGACGGACGAACAGAACGGCGAGUAGCGGCAGACGAGGGCCCGCCCCUUACCCACUCCCCAACCAACCCCCCCCCCCCCCCCCCCCCCCCGCAUGAUUUUCUAGUCAAAACAACUGGAUUGGACACGUUUACAAAGAGAAAAAUACAUAUAUUUUUGUGAAGGAUCAGCAUUACAAAACUUGUAGAUUUCAGUAGUUUCUUAAACGUAUUGAAAAUGGUUUUAUUAACAAAAGGCAGGUUUUUAAACUUCUAUGCAAUUGUAUAAAAAAAAAUAAGAGAAAGAAAAAGUAUGUGUAAAUCUUGUGAACGUAUUUCCAUGUCUUUGUAUGGAGCGCAUUUCACAACAUUUGUAUCAAAAAGAAAGAUUGUAAACAUAAGGGUGCUUUAUAUUACAAAACUAUGUUUAUUAUAACAACAAAACAUGAUAUACUGUAAAGGCAAUGCAGUCGUCCUGUACCCUUUCAGCGUAGAGAGACUGACUGUGUGUAUGUAUGCACGUUUGUGUGUGUCUUGGUACGCAAGGAUGUGUGUGUGUGUGUGUGACGUGUGUGAAGGUAAUCUAUUUUCCACAUUGCAUUAUAGCUUUUGCUUUGGGCUGAUGCACCUCUUGUUGUUUAUCAAACCAUCCAUCCAUCCAUAGGUCAUAGGUCAUCUUUUUCUUUAGUAGUGUCUGUUUGAUGAUCAUAAUAUGAUUCUAUGCCCUUUGCCUGCAUUCACCGCAGCUCUGGUCCACUCCUAUGUGUUGAAUCUACCAUGAGGACCCAUAGAGCACAUACUGAAAGGGCCAAUCUGGGACAUUAACAGCCGUUAUUGUUGUUUUUAAAAUUAAGGAUUGGGCCUUUAACACUGACAGAAAGAAAGUAAUAGUGCUGUUUUAAUAGCUAUUCAUAGUGCUUUUGUAGGAUUAUGGAAUUUAAUUUAAUACCAUUUAAAAUAGAGCUACGGUACAGUGUGACAUUCAGCUGUUUGUAAUCCUGAGAUGAUUUUAUUGAUUUGAAAUCUAUUUGAUUUGAUCUGAGUUCUCUCCUAGUGUGAUUGGGAGUGUUUUAAGAUACAAGUGUAUGAUUCUAGAACGCCCGGUAAUGCAAGCUCUACCUCGUUUUAAUUGGUCAAAACCCAACUUUCACAUUCUUUUUCAUUCUGAUCCAUCCCCUAUUUCCCUUCCUAGGAAGGUGCAGAAAAUAUUCUACUGUAGCUGGAUGCCAUCUUAAAGAAUCCAUCCAUGUUUUGA